UUUCGCGUUGCGUUCAGAGUCGGCGGAGAUUCGCAACGGACGGUUAAGUGUAUCCGUUUACUUCUUUUUCUUAAAAAAAAAACUUUUUAUUUGUCUCCUGCCUCAUUGUCGUCGUUGUUUGUCGUCAUUGUUACGCGAUUUUCUUUAUUCUUUUGUCUCUUCGAUUAACUCUUUAGAUAUACAAAAUGGAGAAGAAAAGUGUUUGCAUCAUUGGCUCUGGAAAUUGGGGAUCGGCCAUUGCUAAGAUAGUUGGCGCCAAUGCCAAAAAGCAAAAUAAUUUUGAAGACCGCGUUACUAUGUACGUGUACGAAGAAUUAAUAAAUGGAAAAAAAUUGACUGAAAUAAUUAACGAAACGCAUGAAAAUGUAAAAUAUCUUCCUGGUCAUCAACUUCCAGAGAACGUGGUUGCAGUUCCUGAUGUUAUGGAAGCUGCGAAGGACGCUGAUAUCCUUAUUUUCGUGGUGCCACAUCAGUUUAUUCGUAGAAUAUGCAGCACACUUUAUGGAAAAAUUAAACCUACAGCCAUUGGUCUCUCCCUUAUAAAAGGUUUUGACAAAAAAGAAGGUGGUGGUAUAGAGUUGAUCUCACAUAUCAUUUCUAAUGAAUUACACAUUCCUAUGUCUGUAUUAAUGGGAGCAAAUUUGGCAUCUGAGGUAGCAGAAGAAAUGUUCUGUGAAACCACUAUAGGAUGCAAAGACAAAGUGAUGGCUCCGGUUCUUCGAGAUCUGAUUCAGACAUCAUAUUUCAGAGUUGUUGUAGUUGAAGAUGUUGAUUCAGUUGAAUGCUGUGGAGCAUUAAAGAAUAUUGUGGCUUGCGGCGCUGGUUUCGUCGAUGGAUUAGACUUAGGUGAUAACACAAAAGCCGCGGUUAUUCGAUUGGGAUUAAUGGAGAUGAUUAAAUUUGUGGAUGCCUUCUACCCUGGUGGUAAACUAUCAACAUUUUUUGAAAGCUGUGGUGUAGCUGAUCUUAUUACAACAUGUUAUGGUGGAAGAAAUCGUAAAGUAUCAGAAGCUUUUGUAAGAACUGGAAAGACUAUUGAGGAAUUAGAGAAAGAAAUGCUUAAUGGGCAAAAAUUGCAAGGACCAUUUACAGCAGAAGAAGUAAAUUAUAUGUUAAAGUUGAAAAAUAUGGAAAGUAGGUUUCCUCUUUUCACGGCAAUCCAUCGUAUUUGCAUCGGACAGCUAAAACCUGCGGAUCUGAUCGAUUGUAUUCGCAAUCAUCCGGAACACAUGUAAGCGUUUAAUAGUUACAAUUAAAGUUGGAGGCGGAUUAAAUUGGAAUACAACGAUAAUCGAACGAUAAGUUUAAACUUGUGAUGUCAAUUCUUAUAUUGAUUUUGUUUAAUAUGUUGGUUUUUAUUCCUGUCAAAAAUAGCAUUAACAUUUUAGCAGUAUAAACCCAAUAGUUGAUGACGAUAACAUUAUUUUAAUAUUUGUGCUUUGACUUGUAACGUUAUAAUGAAAUUACUAACAUAGUUCGUUAAAAACAAUAUUUCAUUAUAUUUAGCGCUAUAUGCGCUUAAUCCGUCUCUAACGUUAUAAUUAUUUUGUUUUUCUGUAAUCCACCCUCUUACACUUCAUUUUACUGGUGGAACAUAAAUCGCA